GUUCCCGCGAAAGUCGAACAUUGCCUGGAACGCGAACGGGGAGGAAAGGAGAGACAGAGGCAAGUGAGUGAACAGAGAGGAACACGUGGAGACGGACUCAACACAAAGAGAGGCUAUGACAGGCAGAAUGGUAAUGACAGAUCUGCUAAAGGCGGAGGAGAUCAAGAAAGCUCUUGAUGCCUUUGCAGCAGAAACAUUCAACCCAAAGAAGUUCUUUGAAAUGAUAGGGAUGAGGGCCAUGACUGCUGAAAAUGUCAAAAAGGUCUUCCAGGUGUUGGAUGUGGACGGGAGUGGAUUCAUAGAGGAGGAGGAGCUUAAGUUUGUCCUGAAGGGUUUUUCUAAGGACGGCAGAGAUCUGACUGAUGCAGAGACAAAAGCAUUCCUCCAAGCUGCAGACAAAGAUGGAGAUGGAAAGAUCGGCAUUGACGAGUUCGAGGCUUUGGUGCACGAGUAAAGGGACUGUUCAACCCCUUCUUCCUCAUCCUCUCCAUCCCCUCACUCAUAUUUUGGAACCGCCACCUUCUAACUUCUCCUACCUCCUUCUGGACCCCAAGUACGGAGGUUGAAAGGGAGCCACCGCGAGGAGGAACACGCAGGCAUAAGAGCCAUCGGUUUCCUUAAUAUCUGUUCCUUUUCCCAUAUACCACUCAAUGAUUCAUCAGGGUAGUCAGUGGUUGAAAAACAGAUGGUGCUUGUGCUGUUGAUGGUGUAGAUGUUAAAAGACUCCUUGUGUUCGGUUUCUGGGUGUUGACAUAUCAGCCCACCUUUUCUUUUCUCUCCUCUUCCUCGUCCAUCUUCCAUUCCCUCUUUCAUUUUACACCUGCAACUCUGCUGAUCGACUGAUCAGACCAUGUAGUAAAUCGAUAACAAAAACUGUGAAGAUGGAAAUAGCACAUCAUCGAGAAAUCACAAUAAAAACAACAACAAAAAAA